AUGAAUCCAGAGAAUUAUGUGGUUGUAGCACUUUCCAGUCGCUGGCCUAUGUUGGCUUUUAUCAAGGCAGGUCAAAACACUUGGACUUACCCCAACCCAAAUGGUGACUUUGGUGAUGUUAUAUUCUAUAAAAGCAAAGUGUACGCACUUGAAACCAUGGGAGACAUUGAGUCAUUGGAUGUUUUUAGCAGUGAUAAUAACCCUUCACAGUCGCCACAACUGAAGCCACACACACCUUUUCGGCCAUUUCAACCUUAUUGUUUUCAUGCAUAUCUUGUUGAAUCAACUAAGGGAGACUUGUUGCAUAUAUUAAGAUUUUAUGCAUUAAGUGACAGUAGGUUCAAUUAUGGUGCUGGGCGGCAGACUACGCACUUCGUGAUUUACAAUUGGGUGUUUGAUGAUGAAGAUGCAGGAUCUAUUGGGCACAAUGUUGAGGUGAAAAGCAUUGGAGAUGAGGCUCUGUUCGUGGGCGACAAUCAUUCAAUUUCUAUUUUGGCUUCAAACUUUCCUGGAUGCCAACCAAAUUCCAUAUAUUACGCGGAUGAUUACAUAUCAAACUAUCCAUCGUUAGAGGGUGAUGAAGCAUAUGAUAUGGGAAUCUUCAACUUGGAGGAUGGAACCAUCACACAACAUUACUCUCUACACUCCAAUUCUCAAAGAGCGAUUUGGGUUGUGCUACCGUUUAAUGGACUAUGUUAG